UGAUUCCAUAUGUGUUAUUUCAUAGCUUUGAUGUCUUCACUAUUAUUAUGCAAUGUAGUAAAAAUAAAGAAAAACCCUUGAAUGAGUGGGUGUGUCCAAACUUUGGAUUGGUAUGUAUAUAUAUUUAAACCAAUCAAACUUGAUUUAUAUAGCACAUUUCUUACAACAAAUGCAUUUCGAGGUGCUUAACAAAAAAAUGAAUAAAAGGUGAGAAAAAUUAAACUCAACGUUUCUAUGCAAAUAUAAAAUCAAUAGGCUAUAUACUUGAAUAAAAAUUAAGAAUUAAGAAAUACAUUAAAAUAGUAAAACAAUAAUAAAAUAACAGUGGAUAUAAUCGGUAUUUUGUUUUGUAAAUGUAUAGGCCUAUAUAUGUUUUUUGAUAAGAGGCAACAGUAUGCAUUUUGCAUGAGAAUGAAGUCAAACAUUUUCAAAUUUAGUCUAUAGGCUCUCCAUAUCACGGCAUGCACAACGCUGGAGAAAUUAAUAUUUUGGACAGAAUCUCAAAAAUCUCGCGAGCAUUGAUUCUCUCUAAACGUUCUACAAUAUGCAAAGAAUACAAAUUAUGAUUGAGAAACUGCUGGAAAAUGUUGGGAAUAUUUUAGAUGUCAUUGACAGCAAUGCACAGUGAAUCCACGUAGCCUAGCCUAGGACUUGGCGUGCAUUUUGUUUGAAGGGGAAAAGAACACAACGUACUGUACAUUACAUUCCAUUCACUUUCUCUCUUAUCUGUUUGCGCGUCCUUCCAACACCACUGCUGCUGGAUUCUACGCAACAGCCAGAGGGGGCGAAAGAGGUGGACGACAGUGAGCACCACUACCACCUGUAAGGGUGCGUCUGCUCUCUCAGAGAUCUGGCUGAGUGUUUCCGCUCCGAGGGCUUGAAAGAUGAAGAAGCAGAAUGUGCGGACCCUCUCUCUCAUCCUCUGCAUGUUUUCCUACCUGCUGGUGGGAGCCGCGGUGUUCGACGCGCUUGAAUCAGAGACGGAGAGCUCCCGCCGACGCAUCCUGGAGCUGAAGCGCACCGAGAUGAAGAAGAAGUACCGGUUGUCCGAGGACGACUACCGGCAGAUCGAGCAGGUGGUGCUGCAAGCGGAGCCCCACCACGCCGGGAGACAGUGGAAAUUCGCCGGGUCUUUCUACUUUGCCAUCACGGUCAUCACUACCAUUGGUUAUGGCCAUGCAGCUCCAGGCACAGAUGCUGGGAAGGUGUUUUGCAUGUUCUAUGCUGUGCUGGGCAUCCCUCUUACCCUGGUCAUGUUCCAGAGCCUGGGCGAGAGGAUGAACACAUUCGUCCGCUACCUCCUGCGCAGGGCCAAGCAGUGCCUGGGGUUACGGAGGACUGAGGUGUCCAUGGAGAACAUGGUCUCGGUGGGCUUCCUGUCCUGCAUCGGCACUCUGUGUGUCGGGGCAGCAGCCUUCUCCCACUACGAGGGCUGGACCUUCUUCCACGCCUACUAUUACUGCUUUAUCACGCUCACCACCAUUGGGUUUGGGGACUUUGUGGCCCUGCAGAAGAAGGAGGACCUCCAAGAGAAGACGCCCUAUGUGGCCUUCAGCUUCAUGCACAUCCUGGUGGGGUUGACAGUGAUCGGAGCCUUCCUCAACCUGGUGGUGCUGCGCUUCCUCACCAUGAACACAGAGGACGAGAGGAGGGACGCCCAGGAGAGGGCCUCCAUCAAGAGGGAGAGGGGCCUGCUUACCGUGGGGCUCCAUGGAGGAGAAGGAGGAGGACCAGAGCAGGGCAGAGGAGAGCUUAGGGUCAGGGGGAGGGACAGGAUGGGGCAGAGCCGCAGUCACAGCAACCUUUUCCGGCCCAUGGAGGAGGGCACCAGCCGCACUAACCUCAUCACCUCCCCAGUGGAGGAGCAGAAGGAGAGGGACAGGGCCAGGGGAGCACCCUGCAAGCAGAGGCUGCACUUACCGCAUGGCACAGGCAGACUAAGGACAGAGUCCCCCCUGGGCUCCCUGUGCUCCUGUAUGUGCUACCGUCUGGGGGUGUGUGACAGCCCCUUGCCUUCCCGCAGCGAGCACCACGGGUGUAACAUUAACUCUGUCUACUACAGCUCCAUCUCCUACAGGACCCAAGGCUGCUCCCCCAGGGACAACACAGGACUCUCGUCCCCAGGGAACACACUCUCGCCUCGGCACAGCUUCAACGAGUACCCCCACUCCCGGAGGAAGUCAGUGUAGCACCACGUUGGGACAGAAUCUUUGUUUGUACAGGUUGGAUUAAUAUAGUAUUUCAUACAUAUAUUUUGAAUACACUACAGAGACAAAGUAUUGUAGUACACUACAGAUGCACACUCAUGAGAGGAUUCAUUGUUGUAAAUGAUUGGCAGAGGCAAUAUAAUCUGUUUUAUCACAGGAAUUUUAGAACCUAUUUUCCCUAAUUAGAUGAUUACAAUGCUGUAUUUCUACUAAGGAGUUAAGUUGUUCUUUCAUUAUAGCCACUGGAGAUUUGUCUUGUGAAUCAAUUCACUUACCAUUGUAAUACUCUGUUAGUCUUUUGAUUGUGCCCUAAUAGUUCUUUCUCCUAGAUAGUUUAUGAGAAUUAUCUGCAUUUUAGUUUUUGUUGUUGCAUGCAAAUAAGAGUGAGAUGCAUGGUUAAGAUGAUGUACAUGGCAUGAUAAUUAAGAAAAUGGUUAUAGUGAUGCAAAUUACUAUAUUUAUUUAGGUAUUAUUAUUGUUUUUUAAGUAGCUGACACACACACACACACACACACACACACACACACAGUGCCUUCAGAAAAUAUUCACACCCCUUUGACUUUUUCAUACUGUUGUGGUGUUACAGCCUGAAUUGAACCCAAUACCCCAUAAUGUCAAAGUCGAAUAAUGUUUUUUUUGACAUUUUUACAAAUUAAUAAAAAAUGAAAAGCUGACCCCAAGUAUUCAACAACUUUGUUAUGGCAAGCCUAAAGAUGUUCAGGAGUAAAUAUGUGCUUAGCAUGUCAGAUAAUAAGUUGCAUGGACUCAAUAAUAGGGUUUAAUAUGAUUUUUUAAUGACAACGUCAUCUCUAUACCCCACACAUACAAUUAUCAAGCAGUGAAUUUCAAACACAGAUUCAACCAAAAAGACCAGGAAGGUUUUCCAAUGUCUCGCAAAGAAGGGCACUGAUGGGUAAACAUAAAAAAGCAGACAUUGAAUGUCCCUUUGAUCAUGGUGAAGUCAUUAAUGUAAGGGCUGUUGUCCUCCUCCUCCUCAGAUGAGGAGAGGAGAGAAGGAUCAGUGGACCAAUACGCAGCAUUAGGGAAAUAAGCCAUCUCUUUAUUUGAAAUGACGGCAACACGAAAACAAAACACUUACAAAAUUACAAAACAAGAAAACGACGUAGACGAAACCUGAACAUGAACUUAACUAACUAAACGUAGAACUCACGGACAGGAAACAGACUACAUCAAAACGAACGAACAGCCAAACAGUCCCGUAUGGUACAUACAUCGACGACACAGGAGACAAUCACCCACAAACAAACAGUGAGAACACCCUACCUAAAUAUGACUCUCAAUUAGAGGAAAACGCAAAACACCUGCCUCUAAUUAAGAGCCAUACCAGGCAACCCAAAACCAACAUAGAAACAGAAAACAUAGACUGCCCACCCAAAACACACGCCCUGACCAUAAACACAUACAAAAACAACAGAAAACAGGUCAGGAACGUUACAAUUAAUUACACUUUGGAGGAUGUAUCAAUGCACACAGUCAUUACAAAGAUACAGGCGUCCUUCCUAACAGAGUUGCCGUAGAGGAAGGAAACUGCUCAGAGAUUUCACCAUGAGGUCAACAGUUACAGAGUUUCAUGGCUGUGAUAGGAUAACACUGAGGAUGGCUCAACAACAUUGCAGUUACUCCACAAUACUAACCCAAUUGACAGUGUGAAAAUAUGGAAGCUUGUACAGAAUAGAAAUAUUCCACAACAUGCAUCCUGUUUGCAACACGGCACUAAAGGAAUACUGCAAAAAUGUGUCAAAGCCAUUAACUUUUUGUUCUGAAUACAAACUUAUGUUUGGGGCAAAUCCAAUACAACACAUUACUGAGUACCACUCUUCAUAUUUUCAAGCAUAAUGGUGGCUGCAUCAUGUUAUGGGUAUGCUUGUAAUCAUUAAUGGACUGGGGAGUUUUUCAGGAUAAAAAAGACACAGAAUGGAAUUUAGCACAGGCAAAAUCCUAGAGGAAAACAUUGUUCAGAUCAUUUCCACCAGAAACGGUGAGAUUUAUUCACCUUUCAGCAGGACAAUAACCUAAAGCACAAGGCAAAAUCUACACUGGAGUUGCUUACCAAGAAGACAGUGAAUGUUCCUAAGAGUUCAAGUUACAGUUUUUACCUAAAUCUGCUUGAAAAGAUAUGGCAAGACCUGAAAAUGAUUGUCUAGCAAUGAUCAACAACCAAUUUGACAGACCUUGACGAUCUGUGAAAAUAAUAAUGGGCAAAUUUUGCACAAUCCAAGUGUGGAAAUCUCUUAGGGACUUACCCAGAAAGACUCACAGCUGUAACCACUGCCAAAGAUGAUUCUAACAUGUAUUGACUCAAGUGGUUGAAUACUUAUUUAAUCAAGAUAUAUUAGUGUUUUUAUUUUUGAUACAUUUUUUACAGAUGUUAGUAUUUUGUGUAGAUUGUUGACCGUUUUUUCAUGAUCUCCAUUUGAAUCCCACUUUGUAACACAACAAAAUGUGGAAUCAUUUCUGAAGGCACUGUACACACACACACACACACACACACACACAUAAUGAGUAAAGCAGCUUCUCAGCAUGUUGGAAGCUGCCAUUCUGAGGAAAGUACAUAUCGCAUGCCUUCAAUGGAAUUAUGGAAUCAUGUUUUAAUGAGAAGGACAUUAAUAGAUAGGAACACGUAUAUGGCAGAGAUGGCCUUUAAUGAACCAUAUCAAUGACAUGAAUAAAUCAUUGUAUUACUCGUCCUUACAGUAGGAGGUUAUAAACAACCCUGCAUACAUUUCCCUGCGCUCAAGCACAGUACAGAGACAAUGCCUAUAAGGCUAUGUGUUCAUUUACAUUUUAUGGAUAUAACACUGCCUGAUAUGUAGCAAAACCUUUCAGAAAUCUUUAGGCCUAUUUACUUCCAUGCUCCAAGUGCAUUUUAAAAAUAUGUAUCAGGUUUGGUUUCAACCUCUUAAAGUUCUGAUGCUGACAAAAUAUUAAAAGGUGAGAAGGGACCAUAAACAAA